CAUAAAACAGGAAAAAACAUAAAUGUAGAAAUAAAAAGCAAGUGGGACCAAUAGGCGUACAUGGCCCAGGCCCAGAUCCCAUCCAGAUCCAAUUGUGCCUGAGUAAACCGGAAAUAGAUCCGGUCGAACCGGACUAUCAGUAAACUGGGGUCUCCUCCUCCGAAUGAAAUAGCCCAAACAAAACCAUUCCCAAGCUCUCUGCAUUUAUCAAAUCAAACGACAACAAAUAAACAGAAAAAGCCGCGCGCCCGCAGAGAGAGAAAUUGAGAGAGAGAAGAAAAGAGACCACCAAAGAAACAACAAACUCGGCAAUGGACGCUGGAGCGGCGGGCGUGGGUCUCGCCGCGGACGAUCCGUUCAAGGGAUCGCCGUUCGCCGCCGUCUCUGAUUGGAGCAACGGCAUCUCGCGCCGUUACCAGCACGUGCUCGACCGUACGACGCCGCACGUGCUGUACCGGUGGCUGGCGUGCCUGGGCGUGGCCUUGGUCUACGUCAUCCGCGUGUACCUGGUCGAAGGCUUCUACGUCGUGUCGUAUGGCUUGGGGAUCUACAUUCUCAACCUCCUCAUCGGCUUUCUCUCUCCUCAGGUAGACCCUGAGAUCCACGACCUCUCCUCCGACGGCCCCUCCCUUCCCACCCGCGGAUCCGAGAUAGUACACAUGAUCAAAUACAAAUACGUUCCCUUCUCCUUUGGGAAACAGCGGUACAAUGGAAAGAAAGCUUCUUCAUCUUCAACAGAGACCGCAGGCCUCCUCCCCAGGGACUGAAAUCUUCAGCCAAGGGUUUUUUUGGAAGAUAUAUAUGGUGUGGAGGAAUCAUCUUGAGGAGCUAAUUCUGGCAUAUUGGAUGAUUUUUUUGGUUCCCUUCGAAUAUCCCUCUGGACCAGCUUGAUUAUGCCCCUCUGUAA